AAACAGUACCCAAGAAGUUAAAAGCAGAAUAGAUCAAAUAUGGGUAUCAGAUAACUUAACAGAUCAACUUUUUUGUACAGAUAUUAUACCCUCAGAUUUGGAAAGUCAAAGUAACCAUGCAUGUGCAAUAGCAGAAAUAGAAGACAAUUUUCUUAAAUAUACUAAAUCUAUAACAGAUUCUGAUAAAAUUCUAAAUAAAAUAGAAUUUAACUUCAAGGGAACAUCUGAAAAAAAUGGAAAAAAUUCAAAUCCUAGAUUGAAUUGA